CCCGCACUGCAGCGUUGCCCACUGCAGCUGCAGCCGCCGCCCGUGUCUCUCCGGCCUCCGCAGCCCCUGACGCCAGCACCAUGGCCAGCACCGUGUCGGCCUACAAGGAGAAGAUGAAGGAACUGUCGGUCCUGUCACUCAUCUGCUCCUGCUUCUAUGCACAGCCACACCCCAACACCAUCUACCAGUAUGGGGACAUGGAGGUGAAACAGCUGGACAAGCGGGCUUCUGGCCAAAGCUUUGAGGUCAUCCUCAAGUCUCCUUCUGACCUGUCCCCGGAGAGCCCCGUGCUUUCCUCACCACCCAAGAAGAAGGAUACCUCCCUGGAGGAACUGCAGAAACGACUGGAGGCAGCUGAGGAGCGAAGGAAGACGCAGGAGGCGCAGGUGCUGAAGCAGUUGGCGGAGAGGCGCGAACACGAGCGCGAGGUGCUGCACAAGGCGCUGGAGGAGAACAACAACUUCAGCCGCCUGGCAGAGGAGAAGCUCAACUACAAGAUGGAGCUCAGCAAGGAGAUCCGCGAGGCCCACCUGGCGGCGCUGCGCGAGCGUCUGCGCGAGAAGGAACUGCACGCGGCGGAGGUACGCAGAAACAAGGAGCAGCGGGAGGAGAUGUCCGGCUGAGGGCUGCGGACAUGGCGGGCGCCUGGAUCCUGAGACGAGACAGAAAUACUUUCGGGUUUUGGUUUAGUUUUGUUCAAGCUGUCUAGAUGCAACUUGUGUUCCUGCUCCCUCCCCUCUUCCCCACACUCCCAGCCUCAUGCUUUGCUUUCCGCACUCUGAGCUGUCUAGUCUUAGUGGUGAGUCGCUGGCCAUGGGCUGUCCCCAGGGGAGCCGCCAGACACAGACAUGAUCUCUUAGUUCAGACGCCAUGCCAGGCCAGUGCGAGGUUCCCUCUAGGAGGCUGUUUUCUGGAUAUGGUGGAGACCUUAAUAAACCCAGCAGCAGUGGCCGGCUUCAUGGUGCCUUGCGCUGGGCUGUCUGGUCA